AUGUCUCUCUAUCUUAAAGAACACGAAAUCAAAGGCAAGACUGCUCUCAUCACAGGAGGUACUAAAAACUUGGGUGCUGCCACAGCCAAAGAAUUGGCUCGUUAUGGUGCUAACUUAUUCUUGCACUACCACUCCAAACAAGAUCAGGCCGAGUUGGACGAAUUGGCUAAGGAGCUUUCAACCAAUGGCUCCAAAGUCGAGUUUUACCAGGCUUCUUUGCAGACAGGUGAAGAUGUGGAGAAGUUGUUCAAAGCAGCCAAAGAAAAGUUUCCACAGGGAAUUGAUAUUGCCAUCAACAAUGUUGGCCAGGUGUUGAAGAAGCCAAUUACUGAUGUUACCGAUGCCGAGUUUGAGAAGAUGGAUGUGAACAACAACAAGGUUGCAUUCUUCUUCAUUCGCGAGGCAGGAAAGUCUCUCAACAAUGAAGGUAAGAUUGUGUCCUUGGUCACAUCCUUGCUUGCUGCUUACACGCCAUUUUAUGGAGUCUACCAGGGUACCAAGGCUCCAGUGGAGUACUACACCAAGGCCGCAUCUAAGGAGUUAACUCUGAAGAACAUUUCCGUGAAUUCCGUAGCUCCGGGACCUAUGGAUACUCCAUUUUUGUAUGGCCAGGAGACUGAUGAUGACAUCAAGUACUAUAAGACAGUUGGUUUGCACCAAAGACUCACCAAGGUCGAGGACAUUGUGCCUAUUGUUCGGUUUUUGGUAACUGAGGGAGGGUGGAUCACGGGCCAGACCAUUUAUGCUUCUGGAGGUUUCACGGCACAUUAA